GGAACAUUACUGACGGAAAUAGUAAACGAUAUACUUGUGCAUUGUACCUUAAGCGCUUAGUUCAUAAAAAGUAAUUAAAAAAUUAAAAAUGAAUGUCGCAACACCCGUGAAUUCCGAAAAACUACGGUAUAAAAUAAAAGUUAGCGGUCUCCCAAGGUUUUAUUCAUUAUUGGAUCCAUUGUUACAAGAAUUUUUGAAAAUGAUCAAUGAGGAGUUGAGAUUAAAUUGCAUACACGCGAGAUACAGUAAAAAAGGUAACGCAUGGCUGUAUCUCACGUUUCCAACCGAAUCCGAACAAGCGGUUGCCUUAAAAUUAUUAAAAAAAUAUAACUGGAAAGGACGUUCUUUAAUCAGUACGUUAGUUACAGCCGACACGCCUAAAAACAAUUUGAAUUCAACACACGUCGAAGGGAACCAUGUAGCUAAAAAACCAAGACUCGAUAUUCCACUUGGUGAACAAGUAUUGAUGUCUACAAUUCCUUAUCAUAGUAUUGAAUACGAAGAACAAUUGAGGAAAAAGAGUGAAGAAGCGAGAAUAUUGUUUCAACGGUUUGGGACGAUAAUUCAACGCAAGCAACCACCGCUCGCGGAAUGGUGUGCGAUGCGCAAACGGCAGCUGAAAAGCGAUCUCGCGUUCGAACUGUCGCCGAUAAUACCGUCGAAAAAAAUCGACCGAUACCGGAACAAAUGCGAGUGGAGCGUGGGAAUUAAUCCCGACAGCGAUUCAGUGGCCGUCGGGCUGAGAGUGAAAGAUUCGAUGGACGGAAUCCACUAUGUCGGUCCACCGGAUUGUCUAAGAAAUUUGCCGAUGCCAAUGAUCACGUUAGCGAAGAAAUUCGAGGAUUUCGUAAAAAAUAAUUCUCAAGAUUGGAGAAUAUGGCGCAAUAUGAUAAUUCGUAUGAACGAAGACGGAGAAGUCAUGGUGUCGAUAGUUAUCAACCACCAUCUACUGGACAACGAUCAAUUAUCUAAUAUUAAAUGUUCAAUAUUAGAAUGGUCUAAAAAUAACAUAACCGAAAACGUAGUAUCAUUAUAUUUUCAAGUCCACGGAGAAAAGGCCUUGGCUGAUUGUAUCAGUACCACAAUUGAAGCUGAAUUAUUGUGGGGACAAAAGUACAUUGUAGAAAAGCUAUUAAACUUAUCGUUAGAAAUAUCUCCAGCCACAUAUUUUCGUUUGAACAGUUUAGGUGCCGAAGAAUUAUGUAAAGUGGUUGCUGAUCUUGCCGAUGUGAACGAAAAUACUACAGUUUUGGAUUUGUUCUGUGGGUCUGGAUGCUUAGCUCUUACAUUAGCCAAGAAAUGUAAACAAGUCGUGGGCAUCGAGCUAAUAAAGGCAAAUAUAUUGGAUGCAAAAAGAAAUGCUGAAAUAAAUGGAAUAGUCAACUGCGAAUUCAUAGCUGGUAGGACGGAAGAUAUUUUAGACUCCGUUCUUAACAAACUUAGAGGGUGUAACGUUACUGUGAUAAUGGAUCCGCCUUUAACUGGAGUCAGUACCGGAUUGGUCAGGACUCUUCGUAAAUUUAAAGAAGCUAUAAAUUUAAUUUACGUUUGUUCUAAUCACAAAUUGCCUUUGAAAAAUUUGCUAGAUUUUUCCUCGGUAGUCAGAUAUUGGCAAAAGCCAAUAGAUUCCGAUCCAUUUCUUCCACUUCGUAUAGUUCCUAUAGAUAUGUGUCCUCAUACACUUAGGUCAGAAUUGGUUUUGCACUUUAAGAGGUUUUGUGUUGAUGACAUUUUGUCAACUAAAAACGAUAGACCGUCAAAAAUCUAUAACAAUAGAAAAUUUAAAACAAAAUUUAAUCCAAGGAUAUCGGAAACGAUUACAUCAAGCAUUCAACCAUCCGCAUCCGGAGUGGGUGGAUUGUUGAAUUACCUCAAAAAAAUCGAAGAAAGAGCGUAUCAAGAAGGGUUAGCCAAAGGAUUGGAGAGGAAAGCAUUCCAAAUGGGUUAUUCGAGAGGACUUCAGUGUGCCACCGCUAAUGAUAAUGAAGAUAAAUUUAAAAAAGACACUUCUACUAAUUCUGAUCAGUAAUUACAAAUUUACGAACACUAUAAUAGUAUUUGCAUUUUUAUAGUUAUAGGUAUAUUAAUAUUUGUAUAAUU